AUGAGUUUUUGUAGUUUUCUUGCUCCAUGGUCAUGUUGGGUUAUAAUAUCCCUCUAUAGUUCACUCUUGUUUGUUCACGUUUCUUGGGCAGAGAAACGGGGUGGGUAUCAUUAUCAUACACUGCAUAUCGCAGCUCGUCUUAGAGAAACGAGCUCCCCACCACUGGAACUACAUAAGACCUUUCAACAAGAGGACGAAGUGGGCAAAAAUCCAUGGAGGCUGCAAGUUUUCCAUAGAGAUAGUCUAGUGGGGGGGAACGUGAGCUACGAGCAGAGGUUCAAAGAGAGGCUCGAGAGGGAAUCCCGACGGGUGAAGGCGCUCGAUAGGCGGGUAGAGAGAAAGCUGAAGGGUAGGGAAAAGAAAAGAAAAGUAGAGCACAAGGCCAAGAUUGAGGAUUUUGGCGGCGGGGUUACGUCCGGCAUGAUGGUGGGCAGUGGGGAAUACUUUACCCGUAUAGGCGUGGGAACACCAGCGAGGGAGCAGUACCUGGUGUUGGACACAGGCAGCGACGUAGUAUGGGUGCAGUGCCAGCCAUGCAAAGAUUGCUAUGACCAGACCGAUCCAGUCUUCGAUCCCUCCUCCUCGGCUUCCUUUACUUCGGUCUCAUGCGGUUCAGAGGUCUGCAGUGAGCUGGAGGAGCCCAGCUGCGAAAGCCUCGGGUGUGCGUAUCGGGUAAAUUAUGGAGAUGGGUCUCAUUCAGUCGGGAGUUUCGCUACGGAGACGCUCACUUUCGGCAACACAAGAGUUCAAAACGUGGCAAUUGGGUGUGGGCAUGAUAACCAGGGCUUGUUCGUCGGCGCCGCAGGGUUGAUUGGUCUCGGGGCCGGCGCCCUAUCGUUCCCUUCUCAGCUCGGGUCAUUAUAUGGUACCAAGUUUUCCUACUGCCUCGUCGACCGUUCAUCCCAAUCCUCGGGCGUAGUCGACUUCGGUCCUGGCUCUGUUUCGCCCGUUGGGUCCGUCUUCGUUCCGCUUCUCCGAAACCCACGAUUCAGUACGUUCUACUAUGUUCCACUGACGGCCAUUGGCGUCGGUGGGUUGCUCGUUUCUCUUCCGCAGAAGGUGUUUGAGUUCGAUGUGACGGGUGAGGGAGGCGUGAUAGUGGAUUCGGGCACGGCCGUCACGCGGCUGCAGAGAGAUGCUUACGAAGCCGUGCGUGACGCCUUCGUGGUGAGCACCCAACAUCUUCCCCGGGCCGAAGGGAUGUCCAUGUUCGAUACAUGCUAUGACUUCGCUGGCCUCCAAACCGUCAGCGUUCCUACCGUGAGUUUUCGUUUUCUCAACGGGGCCAUUUUGACUCUCCCGGCUGAAAAUUAUCUGAUUCCUGUGGAUGUCAUGGGGACUUUUUGCCUGGCUUUUGCACCCACAGCGGGUAGUCUGUCUAUCAUAGGCAAUAUUCAGCAGCAAGGCGUUCGAGUAUCUAUCGAUUCUGUCAACUCUGUCGUUGGCUUCGGUAUCAACCAGUGCUAA